AUGGAACGGGAGGACGCCGACGGCGCUUUCGAUUCGUGGGCCCAAUUCUGCUCUCUCUCCAACGAGCUUCUCGCCGGCGACGGUGAUCUCACCGUGGGUCCACGCCUAGCUCCCGUCGUUGCCGACCUCUGCACACGCGGCCUCGCCACGCUCGUCCGUGACUACUCCCUCCACUCCCUCGAGGAAACAUUUCGAAAUAAUGCAGUCAAGAAGUUCUGGCAGCACUUUCAUCCUUAUUGCAGUGCCUCGACCGUCGAGAGAAUUAAGUUCUGUGUUAAGGAAAAUUGGCCUGAGGAAAUCUUAAGUAAAGCACUGGAGGACAUAUGCUUGGAAAAGGGUUACCAGGAAAAAUGUGUUCUUGUUCUUGUCCGAGCUUUUCAAUCAUAUGAGGAUAGGGCGCCGCAAAAACAAUUCAAAGCAGUGGACUGUAUUUCCAGCUUAAUGGCUAGGUAUCAGUUAAUGGUAUCAUCAGUACUUCUGACAACACUGCCCUUGAGCUUUCCUGAGAUAUUGAAUAUCUAUUUCAAGAAGAUGCUGGAAGAACUUAAUACUAUUAUGGCUGGAUCUUAUGAGAGUGAUCAACUUGUGGAUCAUGAACCUUUUCAAAGAAGUAAUACUUCUGAUUGGCAUUCUGGAAUGGACAUUGAUGGUUCAGAAGUUUCAGAAAGUAGCUUCUUGGUAAAGAACAUUGGAAAAGUUGUUCGUGAUCUUAGAUGUAUUGGUUUUACAUCAAUAACUGAAGAUGCUUAUUCCUCUGCAAUAAUAUGGCUUUUAAAGUCUAAGAUUUAUGAACUAGCUGGUGAUGAUUAUAGAGUUCCUGUCCUUGGGUGUGUGAAGAAGUGGAUUCAGGCUGUCCCUCUUCAGUUUCUGCAUGCUCUUUUAACAUAUCUCGGUGACUCUGUGGACUAUGACAGUGGAUCUUCUGGUCUCAAAUCACCAUUAGCUUCACGUCCUUCUUCCUUCCCAGGGAUUGGUGUUCCUUCUGAAGCCCUUGUGAGAUGGCACAUGCGCCUUGAAUAUUUUGCUUAUGAAACCUUGCAGGACCUACGAAUUGGCAAACUUUUUGAAAUAAUUGUAGAUUACCCUGAGAGUUCUCCCGCUAUAGAAGACCUAAAGCUGUGUUUAGAGUACACGGGCCAACACUCUAAGCUUGUUGACUCAUUUAUCUCGUCGCUUAGAUAUCGUCUACUUACUGCUGGUGCAUCAACAAAUGAUAUAUUGCACCAAUAUGUGUCCACUAUCAAGGCAUUGCGGACAAUUGACCCCACCGGGGUGUUCUUGGAGGCAGUUGGUGAACCAAUUAGGGAUUAUCUGAGGGGUAGAAAAGACACUAUCAAAUGCAUAGUGACAAUGCUAACUGAUGGAUCUGGAGGAAGUGCAAGUGGAACAGGAAAUGCAGGUGACAAUCUUCUGGAAGAGUUGAACAGAGAUGCUGAAAACCAGGAAAAUGCUGAUUACGACGAUCAUGCAAACAUUGAUGAGAAACAAGCAUGGCUAAAUUCUGAAAGCUGGGAACCCGAUCCUGUAGAAGCAGACCCAUUGAAAGGCAGCAGGAACAGAAGGAAAGUUGAUAUACUUGGACUAAUGGUUAGUAUAAUUGGCUCAAAAGACCAACUAGUCAACGAAUACCGUGUAAUGCUGGCAGAAAAGCUGCUCAACAAAUCUGACUUCGAAAUUGAUUCAGACAUUCGCACGUUGGAACUCCUGAAGAUUCAUUUUGGUGAGAGCAGCAUGCAGAAGUGUGAGAUUAUGCUUAAUGACUUGAUUGACUCGAAGAGAACCAACUCGAACAUUAAAACAUCUUUGCUGAAGACAUCCCAAACUGUUCCUGGGCAAGAGGAGGCAGAAGUGUCUCAUGAUGUUCUGGAUGCCACUAUAAUAUCGUCUAACUUUUGGCCACCAAUUCAGACAGAAGACCUUGUUGUUCCUGCUUCAGUUGAUCAGUUGCUAUCUGAUUACGCAAAACGGUUUCACCAGAUAAAAACUCCACGAAAGCUAUUAUGGAAGAAAAAUCUUGGAACAGUCAAGUUAGAACUGCAAUUUGAGGGAAGAAGCAUGCAGUUUACUGUAGUUCCUGUGCAUGCUGCAAUCAUAAUGCAAUUUCAAGAAAAAUCUAGUUGGACUUCAAAGACACUUGCUACAGAAAUUGGCAUACCUAUGGAUUCUCUUAACAGAAGAAUAAGCUUCUGGACAAGCAAGGGGGUCCUGACUGAAUCGGCAGGACCAGAUGCCGAUGAUCGCACCUUUACUGUUGUUGAUAGCAUGCCUGAUGUCAACAAAAACAGUACUGUGAAUGAACGCUUGGCAGAGUAUCAAAUGACUGAGGAGGAAGGUGAAAGCUCUGUGGCUUCAGUAGAGGAACAACUUAAGAAAGAAAUGACAGUUUACGAGAAAUUCAUCAUCGGAAUGCUAACCAAUUUUGGGAGUAUGUCGCUGGACAGGAUACAUAACACUUUAAAGAUGUUCUGUAUUGCCGAGCCAUCAUAUGACAAGUCACUGCAGCAGCUGCAAAGUUUCCUUUCUGGUCUAGUAGCGGAUGAAAAGCUAGAAACGAGGGAUGGGCAGUACUUGCUAAAGAGACAAGAGAUGUCGGGUAAUCAGACACAACAUACUUCAUUAUCAGCGCUAUGUUAUCGUGUUCCUCGAAAUGUCUCACGUAGUGACGACGACAGCAUCUAUAUCUACGUCCAGACACGCACGAGCAAGACCCUCGCCCUCCAGGUGGAGCCAUCGUCAGACACGGUCACCGACGUCAGGAGAAAGAUCAGCGGCCACCAGAGCCUGUUCUUGUCCGGCAACAAGCUCGAGGAUGAUCGGACGUUUGGAUCCUAUCAUCAGAUCCAGAACGACACCACCCUGCACCUCGACUUCGGCAUGCAAGUCUUCGUGAAGACGCUCAAUGGCAGCGAGACCAUCACUGUUGAGGUAGAGCCAUCUGAUACAGUCGGUGAUGUCAAGGCAAAGAUACAGGACCAGCAGAGGCUCAUCUUUGACGGCAGCAGGCGUGAUAAUAAGCGCAAGCUUGACUUUUACAAGGUUCAGCAUCAUUCGACCCUGCACCUUGAUGACCUCUGUAGUCGGCGUGAUGAUGCCAUGCAGCAGAUUGGCGAUUUCAAGGCAAAGAUUCAGGACCAACAGAGGCUGCUCUUUGAAGGACAGCGGCUUGUGGAUGUGGAUGGAGAUGGACAGAGACAGACGCUCGCCAAUUACAACGUCCAGAGACAAUCCACACCCUACACCUUGACUGUCCCAUGCAGUUUUUUGUGA